AUGAGGCUACCACCUCCCUACCCCCAGUCUGUUGUGGAGAGCCAGCGGAAGUCCCUACAGCCCUUUGAACACAGCUUGUGGAAGCGAAGCUUGAGUCACUACUGUAAGCCACAGAGAAUCCGGUUCUAUGCCCAGAAGACACAUGUCACCUACCAUCCCAUCUCUGACCAUGAGGUCACAUUGAGGUGCUGGACCCUGGGCUUCUACCCUGGUGAGAUCACCCUGACCUGGCACAGUGAUGAGGAGGACCUGACCCAGGACACAGAGCUUGUGGAGACCAAGCCUGCAGGAGAUGGAAUCUUCCAGAAGUGGGUAGCUGUGGUUCAUUCUGCACAGGAGCAGAGAUACACAUGCCAUGUGCAGCAUGAGGGGCUGCCCGAGCACAUUACCUUGAGAUGGGGGUCCCCUCCUCAGGCCCCCUUUCCCAUUGUGGGCAUCGUGGCUGGUCUGACUGUUUUUGUGGUCACUGGUACUGUGCUGGUUGGAGCUGUCAUGGGGAGGAAGGAGAGCUCAGGUGGAAAAGGAAGGAGUAAUGCUCAGGCUGAAAAUCCCUUGCAGCAGUGGCACCGGAACUGCGGAGAUGCAGGCCCAGUACUUGUGUCCCAUCCAGUCAUCAUCCUGCUGGAGGAUGGUGUCUCCCAGGGCCACUCAGGUCUGCUGGGUCCAUUCAGUGUUGCCAAGUUCCAGAAGCAGGAAUGUUCUCACAGCACGCGGCUUUCUCUCUCAGAGUGUGGGAUGACGGAGCUAAGAGACGGUGUCAUCUCUUGCUCACACUUCUUCUGA